UAUAGUGGAUCAGAAGAUUCUUCGAGACGUCCCGUAUAAGUAUCAUCGCUUUCAUCCACGACCCGGAUUAUAGUCGCACGGGGAAGUGGAGGAGAGAAAUCUGUCCGUGAAUAUCGUCGUGGUGUCUCGCUAUUUUUACUCGACGAUGCUGUGAACAACCAACGUGAACUAUAAUCUUCGUGCGCAGGCUGCAACGAAGGAUCCUUGGACUUCGCAGUUAAAGAAAAUACCUGCUCGUCAUUUGCCGAUUCGAGAACACCGAAACAGAAAUGAUAGCUGCACUAACGUUGCUGAGCCUGGUGGCUUGCAGUUAUGGCCGAUGGAUAACUCCUGAUAAUGUCAACCUAACAAGAAGAUCGACACCUCCUCCGAAUCCUAUUGCAAGGAAUAGUCCUACAGAUAGAAUCAACGAUGUAGAUAGAAUAUAUUAUCCUUCAGAGAGCACCAUUGCGCUUGAAAAGGAUAUACCUACUGUCUUUCCAUAUAGUUCUGAAGGACAAUAUCCUAGACAACACGGUUUCACCUUUGGAGCAGCAACAGCACUACCAGCAGCUGCACCACCAUCAGCUGCACCACCUCCACCAACUCCAGUACUCCGUGAAUACUCGCCACAACAAUGGAAGGAUCAUGUGAACAAUAUCAUCGUGAAUGGGCUAGUCAAGUUUACCCUGGAUAUGGAAACUAAUAUCUACAAAACUCAAAGUGUGACCAUAACCGGCCAACAAGACAAUAUUAUUUUUUCGCCGAUCAGUCUGGCAGUGACAAUGGCGAUAGUCCUCGCAGGUUCUGCUGGCAGAACCUUCGACGAAGUGUCCAAGGUACUUGGACUGGAAUCUGGAGUCGACAUUUCGCAGAAGUCUGAAAUUGUUCAUCUGAUGUUUGGCCAAUUGUUGAACCAACUUCUCACUAGGAUAGAAGGAAGUCCUGGGCCUCGCAUAGAUUUCGCCACCGCCUCGUACGUGCAGGAUGGCUAUCCUAUACGACGACAGUUCGAACUGCUUAGCGAGGCUAUUUACAAGAACGCAGUAAUAAAUGUAGACUUUGCUAGAAACGGAAGAGCUGCCCAAAUUGCGAUAAAUCAGUGGGUAAAUGCGAAAACGCGGGGAAAAAUCUCUACAAUUCUGAAUGACGUACCUGGACCCGAAACCAGUGUUAUCCUUCUGUCAGCGCUUUAUUUCAGUGGAGAAUGGAACCAACAUUUCUUGGAGAGGUCCACCAGAAGGAAACAGUUCUUCAUCGAACCCGAUAAACCGGUCGACGUCGACUUAAUGUUGAAUGGCGGAGAUUUUCCUUUCUAUGAAGAUAAACAGUUGGGUGUGAAGAUUCUGGCUCUUCCCUACAAAGGAAACGAAACCUCUAUGUACAUUCUUCUCCCAACGGCCGAAGGCGCAAGAGCUUUACGAGACUUCAAAAAUCAAUUAACAGCAGACAUAAUCGAGAAGCUGAUUAAUAGCAUGACGCUCCAGACUUGCAUAAUAGGAUUACCGAAAAUGAAGUUGACCAGCAGCCUACAAUUGAAAUCAACCCUCGCCGCUUUGGGUCUGAGAUCCUUGUUCGAUCCUUCCAUGGCAGAUUUGAGUCUGGUAUCCGCAGGAAGAGGAACUCCGAUGGAAAUACAACAACGAAACAACAACGACGUGAUGGUUUUCUCUCGUUCGGGCGAGCAAGACAAUGAAAAAAGGGGUCAUAUGGUUAAACGAGGUUUCUUUUCAUAUGAGGAUAAAGUGCGUGGACUAACCGUGCAGCAAUGGUACAACGGGUUUAACAUUACCAGGACACGUAAUCUUCGUCACUCCAAAACACUGCCAUUAGAAUCCAGGAACUCUUACUCUGUGGAGGGGAACAAGCCCAACAAUGACGCGAAAAUCGUGAAUCUUGAAUCGAACAAGUAUCGUUUCCAGGAAGGAGCAGCAAAGUCUAGAAGUAGAAGAGAGAGACCGAUUGACCCGAAUUUCUUGGAGUAUUUGAACGAAAAUGGGUACCGCUCGUUCGGGUUAGAUGAACUGAGGAAUAGCGCCAAUCUGGUGAAUCCUCAUCUGUAUGCCUCUAACGUAUUGCACAAGGUGGAGAUCGAAAUCACUGAAAAGGGCACCGAGGCUGCAGCCGCGACCGCAGUGGUUCUGGAACGGGCUGGAAACCAGAAAAAGUUCGUAGCGAACAGACCGUUUAUAUUCUUCAUUAGACAUGACCCAACAAGACUCAUACUUUUCUGGGGUACCCUAAAUACUCCAACUCCAAAUUUCCCGACUAGUAAUGGGCCCAGAGGCUAAUGAGGCAGUUUUUAAUUGAUAAUAUUUAUCGUUGCUUCUCGUCACACUUGCAUUUAUUUCCAUUAAAGUUCAUCAGUCUGAAUGAUUAGCAUUAGUGUAACUAGAACUUUUAUAUGAUGUGAGUCAGGUUCCCUAGCUUCAUCAAAUGUUCUCUACACAUUACACUUUAAUUCGGUAGAUACUUUAAAGGAAUCAAGCCUAACCGAGACCCUAGUUACGCCACUGGUAAUCAAAUAAAAAUGAGCUAAAUAAGAUCUGUUUGCUAAGAGUUGAAUGACGCAGUCUUUCUUUUACAAUGGAUGAGAGAUUGAUGCCACAGGUAUGUUCCUGGUACAACCUAUCGUUUUGAAUGAUGCGUGUGAAGUGUGAACAUAAUCGUGCAGUAUUGAUUCUCACGACCAAUCUGUAUUCCUGACAAAACAGUAUUUUUACAGAAUUAAAUGCUGUAUAGUACUCUAAGUGCUUAAAGAUUGCGUUUAAUUGCAUCUAGUUAUACGUAUAUAGUACUGUAUUUAAGUUAUUAUAAGAAUAAUUAUUUUAUAUAAUCGUGAUAAAUAAAUAUUUUAUUUUUUAAAUUAUAAACAUUGCGUCUGUCUUAACAUUAAAAUGUUAACUACGGUAAAUUAUUUUCUUAGUCGCUUUGCUUGGUAACUGACAAAGUUACAGUACAAAUAAAUAUAUGUAAAUGUUUUUCUUUCCUUUUGUUUUAUUUAAGGUACUUUACAGUUUAUAAUGCAUUACAAUCUGAAUUUGACAUAAAUAAAACGAAAUAUUUUUUUUCGUCGAGGACGGUUGUAUAAUAAUUUACACUAACAAAAUGUUAACAAACGUUUUACACGAUAUGUAUCUUUGGAUAAUGUUGAAAGUUUACAAUUCUACGUUAUUCACGAAUACAACCGUCUUACGGAUAGAUUUAUCUUUCCUUUUUGAAAAAUCUUACAAACUAAACAAUAUUGCAUUUGAUAAUUAUCAUUAUAUGAUAAUAAUAACUACGAAAAUAUUUACUUUGCGUUCAUUAAUUUGAAAUAUACUCUUUACUUUUUCGUAUUUUUUUUCUCUUUUUCAAACAACAUUAGCAGAAACUCAAGAAUAAAUUUAUUUCGAUGCGAUAGAGAAGCAUUGCAUUAUUAUAAUGAUUGUUCUCACGAAGAAUUUCUAACAUACAGCGUCAUACGCAAAACAAUAACGUCGAACUCUUAUAACGAUAAUUUAUUUCGUGUCACGAAAUAAAGUGGUCAUAACCGUUAUAAUCGAAGAUACAAUAGCGGAUGGUUAGGUGUUCUUUUUAAAAUCUCUUUAUCAUUUACGUAAACAAAAUUAUCAAUCACACAUUAUAUUCAUUUUAUAUUGUUCACUGGGUUACAA